AUGGAGCAUUCUCUCAACAUCCUCCUCUCAGGCACCGUCCUCCUCCUCCUCACCACCAUUCCCGGAAUCCGAUCUCAGUCUUCUCCAGCCGCCGCUCCGGCACCACCAGGACCCACAAACGUCACCAAAAUCCUAGAGAAAGCUGGUCAAUUCACUGUCUUCAUCCGACUACUCAAAGCCACCGGAGUUGCUAACCAACUCUACGGCCAGCUUAACAAUUCGGACAACGGAAUCACUAUCUUCGCACCUAGCGAUUCCUCGUUCUCCGGUCUCAAAGCCGGAACCCUAAACUCCUUAACCGACGAGCAACAAGUAGAGCUAGUUCAGUUUCAUGUCAUACCAACUUAUGUCUCUUCCUCAAACUUCCAAACAAUAAGUAACCCUCUCCGGACUCAAGCCGGUGACUCAGCCGACGGACAUUUUCCUCUCAACGUUACAACCAGUGGAAAUACCGUAAAUAUCACGACCGGUGUAACCAACACCACCGUGUCCGGUAAUGUCUACAGCGAUGGACAGCUCGCUGUUUAUCAGAUCGAUAAGGUUUUGCUUCCUCAGCAAGUUUUCGACCCUCGUCCUCCGGCGCCGGCUCCGGCCCCGUCGGUGUCAAAGUCGAAGAAGAAGACGAAAGAAGACGGUGAUAGUUCCGAUGAUGAUUCUCCGGCGGACGCUUCGUUUGCUUCGCGUAAAGUUGGUUCCAUGCAUAAUGCGGUGUCGUUUUGCGUCAUGUGCGCAUCACUCGCAUGGUUUUAUUUGUGA